UCGGGUUUUAGGGAUUCUAUGUUAAGAGGAGGGUUUUAAGGAUCCUCGAAACCUCUGAACUCCAAGGUUUAUUGUUGGCUGAUUCUGAGAUGGCGUUUUUCUCUGGAGUUCAGCAACUGAUUCGCCGCUCAUCAGUUCUUCCCUCGUAUUUCACUUCGAUUCGUCUCAGUUCAACUCUCACUUCCCCGAAACUUUUCAUCAGCGGUCUUUCAAGAUUGACAACAGAUGAAAAACUUACGGAAACAUUUUCUUCUUUUGGACAGCUGGUCGAAGCAAAGGUGAUAACUGAUAGAGCCUCUGGAAGAUCGAAGGGAUUUGGUUUUGUAACUUAUGCAACCGUAGAAGAAGCCGAAAAGGCAAGAGAAGGAAUGAAUGCUAAAUUUUUGGAUGGAUGGGUUAUAUUUGUUGAUCCUGCCAAACCAAGAGAACCAAGACCUCCUCAGCAUUCACAGUCUCAGCCCUCUCAAACGGGUUUCACAGUUAACAAGACUAUUGGGUGGUGUGGUUAAUCAUUGAAGAAACUUUGAUUCUUCUCCCAUGUUGGGAUUAUUUUUUAAGACUUCGUUCAACUUAAUCAACUAUACUGCAAUUUGUUGAAGAAUUUUUGUAUCAGUCAAACGUAAUUGAUGAUUAAACCAUUAGUAUUUUUGAAAAU